GUUCUAGACUUAGACUCAAUAAUUGAUGAGAAUAUCUUUGAAUUUUACAUUUAAUUAUACAUUUUUGUGGUAUACAGUGUGUGAAAGUCUUGAGUCUCACAUCUUCCUUUAUAUUUUCAAACAUUCAUCUUUCAGCUGCUGGCAGUCUGACGCUGCUCUCUCUCCUGUUUCUCUUAAAUGACACUGAAUGUGCAGCUUUGUGAUGGAGCUGGUAGCAGGUAUCCACAUGCAUACAUUGCUGCCUUAUGAUCAUUCCUUACACAUUUCCUUUAUGUUCAUUCAGGAAAGAUCAUCACAUCCCAACAGCAUUAGUAAAGCUCCAGUGUUACAUCAUCCAGCCAGUAUCAGUUAGUAUGACACGAAAUAACCUCACAAGCAAAUAUUCUCCUUUUAAUAACUUUGCAUGAUGUCAACAUUAAAGUGUUCAUGUAUAACCUCCUGAGUUAUUUCCUCAUCUGAGUGUGUGCAGUCACAGAUACGAGCAGAACAAACAAGAAUGGAGAAACUUGUUCUGUUCAUCGCCGCUGCAUCAGGGCUGUGGGCCGUGUCCUUAAAUCCUGAACGUCAGUACCAUUUUGUUUAUGAGCAGAAGAACUGGACUGAAGCACUGAGUCACUGCAGACUGUAUUACACAGACCUGGCCAACAUAGAAAACAUGGAGGACGUGAAGACCCUGAAUGACAUGGUGGACUUGAACAAAUUUGAUAAAUCUGCAGACAGCUAUCGAGCCUGGAUCGGGUUGUACAAUGACGUGAACAGCUGGAGGUGGUCGAGGUCGGACAGCGAUCUCUACAGAAGUGAUGAGGCUGAGUUCAGAAACUGGAAGCCUGGACAACCAGACAACGAAGGGGGACACGAACUUUGUGCUGAGAUUUUUGUCAGUGGAGAAUGGAAUGAUAAACGCUGUGACAAAACCCUUAGUGCAAUCUGCUCUGAUGUCAGAGGGCAAAAUGUGACAUUUGUGUUCAUCGACAAAACGAUGACAUGGACCCAGGCUCAGAGCUACUGCAGAGCUCAUCACACAGACCUGGCCAGUGUGAGGAACAUGUCAGAGAAUCAGAGGGUAAAGGAGUUGGUGCCUGCUGAAGAUCGACCAGUCUGGAUCGGCCUUUUCAGAGAUUCCUGGAAGUGGACAGAUGGAAGGACCUCCACAUUUAGAUACUGGAAAACAAAAGAACCAAAUAACCAAUACUGGAGAGAGAAUUGUGUGGCAGCAUACUUUAAACAUUCUGGAAACUGGGAGGACUGGAACUGUGACUGGAACAAGCCAUUUGUCUGCUACAGUGAGCCUGUUUACAAGCAAGCGGUGAGACUCAGGCUGGAGAAAAACGCUCACCUGGAUCUGAAUCGUGCUGCUGUGAUGGAUGACAUGCUGAAGCUGGUCAAACAGAAGCUCCAGGCCCAGGGGGUUAGAGGGGACAUCAACCUGAGCUGGAGGAAGCAGUCAGAUGGAAACGUUUUUCACAGCGACACAAAGAAAACAAAGAAGAUAAAAAUCCCUUAAGGAAAGAUAAAAGCUUUGAAUGUUGCAUUAUUUAUCUUGAAAGAUUUUUUUCUUCCUUGUCCAUUCUCCAUACUUUUGUUAUUUUCCAAUCAGCGUCACUAAUGUUCAUACUAAUGUUGAGUGUAAGCUGCUUCUUCAUUGCAUAUGUAUUUUAUAAUCAGGUUUAAUUCAUGCCUCUUUGCACUGAGCUCUGGAUUCAAACUGUCUCACUUCUGAUUCUCACCAAAAAUAAUUUCACAUGUAACAAUUUGUGUGUGUGUUUUCUAUUCAUUCAUGUAACUGUUAGUUCAUUUAUUUAUUUUUCUCUGUCUUUUUUUUUUUGUUAACCUCUUUGUUGUGAUGUGGUGGACAUUCCUAAACCUCCAUGAGUUCAGGCUCAACUUCAAUCCAAUUAUAUCCUGUACGCUCUCACUUGAACUCGUCCGGCUUGACCUCUGACUGGUCCCUGUCCCUCUUCUCACAGUGUCCUGUGUGGCCUUCAAAUCUCCAGCAAACACAGGCCCAACUCAGCUGUUUCUUCUUCUCUGUUUCUUCUCUGUUGAUCUUUUCAGUCUUUUCUUGUAGGUUAACUCCCAGCAUGGCAAAUAUCGCACCCAGCAUUAACUUAUCACAUGGACCACACCGGAUCCAGAAAUAUCAACACAAUUGUAUAUCCACACAUACACAACUGAUUCUUCACUUGUAUCACAGCACAUCCAGUAAUAUCAUCAGAAUUACUUCAACAUGGUAAACACUGAUUUUCCUUUAAAAUCAAUUUUCCAUUAAAACUCAAGAUCACAGCUGACUCGAUUCUCUGAAAUCCUGAGUCACUUAGACACCUUGCCCAACUCAAGGCGUCCUUUUGUCGGACUUCCACGUCCGAAAUUACUCUUUUUACUGACAAAUAAGUGUCCCACAAAAUGAUCCUCUGAUCAUUAGCUAUUUUUAACCAAGGUCCCAGGUCUUGGCAGGUAGCUGGACCUGGAGUAUGCCCACGCCGGAGCUCCUAUUGGACGUCUCCAAUAGGGAGGAGGUCUCCACCUCUGAACUUGAAAUGACGCUUAUUAAACCAUAAACUGACUCAUAAACUCUUAUAUUCUCUUCUUCUUAAUCACACAUUGGUCUCUUUUCUCUUUUACCAUGAAAUCUCACAUUACUUUUAAAUCAGUACUGUUGUUCUCAAAGUUUCAUUAUCUUUACUUCAAAGCUUUACUUUAUUCUCAAGACUUUAGUUUUACCACUACUGAGCCAAUUUAAUAGUUAAGAUCAUCAACUCAGUGAACAGAUAAUUUAGAAUUCAUCCAAUAUGCACAGAUUUGCUUUUUCUCUGAACAGGUGCCUUUAAAUGUGCCUUUAAAUCCUUUUAGACCGGUCUUCUGUUCGCCUCAUAUCAGAUCCAACCUUCGGCCACAUUUGUUCUCUCUGUUGCACGAAGAACCGGGCGGAAACACCAAAUAUUAAACCUGAUUCUUUGAUCCCCAUGAUGGAACAGAGAAAACCCGACUCAUAGUGGUCAAAACAUUUUAUAUUUCUUUUUUAUUCAAUCAUCUUCCGGAAGAGAGAGUCCUGCACAGCCCCAAAAGCCCGUUGCAGAAACUCUAACAUUAGAAUCAUAAACUGUGUCUCAUAUAGGUGUUAUUUUGGUACUUUACACGUCACAGUUUCGAUACCAACAUUCCUUAUAUUGUACAAGUUCCUCUUUUCUGUCUGGCUUCCUGUAUUUAUUAAUAUACUUGUAUAGCUCUACACUAACUUCCUGUUUUUCAGUCUGGCUGAGCACUUAGUUUAUGAGUCAAAAGUGACCUUGCUUUACAAACCUUCAUUAUUAAAGUACAUAAAACCAUAUAAUAAGAAAAUACGCACUAAGGAUAUAUUAAUUACAUGACACAUAACUGGAGGGUCGUGUGCCUGGCGGGACUGUCGAUCGAGGACGCUGAAGAUAUCUACCUAUUCGGAACCAUGAUAACAGGGUUCUUGCUUAUCGGAGCUGGCUUGGCCCUGCCUUAUCGGAGAAUUAAGAAAGCGGAACCGGCUGUUCAAACCCCCACAAGGCUGCCCACUGGGAUUGAAAUGAUGGGACGAGGCACGACUUCUCAAAAUGGGCUCAGUGAGUGUAGCAUGGUUAAGAUCUUGGAG